CUGCCCCGCGCCCUCAGGCGGCCCCGGGAGGAGGGGCGGGGGGACAAAGGGAUCGGGGGAGCCCGGGCCGGCACCGCCCGCAGCCUCGCACAAAGGCACCGAGGGCCCAGGAGAUUUCAGCUAUCCUAAGACAAAAGUUCUGCAGAUAUGACCUCUUCUCAAGUGACUUUUGAAGUAAAAGGAACAGCAGAACCAGGAGAGGUUUUUGCAAUAUGCGGGAGCUGCAGUGCUUUGGGAAAUUGGAAUCCACAAGUUGCUGUGGUCCUCCAGACUAUUGAUCAUCAGUCAUGGAAAGUUGCUGUAGAGCUUCCUAGAGGAGUUCCUGUUCAGUAUCGAUAUUUUAAAGGAUACUUCCUAGAACCUAAGACUAUCGAUGGUCCCUGCGAAGUCAUAGUUCACACGUGGGAGACUCAUCUGCAACCACGAUCAAUUACCCCUUUAGAAGAUGAAAUUACUGUUGACGAUGGUUUCUUUGGAAUCCAUAAUGGUAUUGAAACUGUGGAUGCUGGGUGGCUGACAUGUCAAACAGAAAUAAGAUUACGUCUGCAUUAUUCUGAGAAACCACCUGUACUGAUAUCUAAGAAGAAAUUUAAAACAUCAAGGUUUAGGGUUAAAUUGACCCUAGAAGGCCUAGAGGAAGAUGAGGAUGAUGAAGAGGGCCAAGAGAAAACAUCCCCUACUGUACCUCACAAAAUGGCAAACACUGUGGAGUUCUCCUUAAUAAGUAAUAAUGACUAUAAGUGUCGACACACUCAACCAGACUGUGGUUAUGCUUUGCAGCCAGACCGAUGGAUAGAAUACACAAUACAAACCAUGGAGCCUGAUAACUUGGAAUUAAUCUUUGAUUUUUUUGAGGAAAAUUUAGGUGAGAAGGUAGUACAAGGUGAUGCGCUCCCAGGCCAUGUAGGUUCUGCCUGCCUCCUGUCAUCAACAAUUGAAGAACUUGGGAAGAGUGCUGGAAUUAUUACACUUGCUAUUAUGAGCAGAAACCCAAGGAAAACAAUUGGAAAAGUUAGAGUGGACUACAUAGUUAUUAAACCGAUCCAGGGAUACACUUGUGAUAUGAAGGCUUCAUAUGCAAAAUAUUGGAAACCAAGAACAACUCUAGAUGUUGGACACAGGGGAGCAGGAAACUCUACAACAACAGCUAAACUUGCUAAAGUUCAAGAGAACACCAUUGCCUCUCUGAGGAAUGCUGCUAGUCAUGGAGCAGCAUAUGUGGAAUUUGAUGUACAUCUUUCUAAAGACCAUGUGCCUAUUGUAUACCAUGAUCUCACAUGUUGCAUGGCCAUGAAAAAGAAACUGGAUACAGAGCCUCUGGAACUGUUUGAGAUUGCAGUCAAAGAACUUACAUUUGAUCAGCUGCAGUUAUUGAAGCUGGCUCACGUGACUGCCCUGAAAGUAAAAGAUCAGAAUGCAUCUUUUAAAGAAGAAGAAAACUCUGCUUUUGAGACCCAGCCAUUUCCUUCACUGCAAAGAGUCCUGGAGUCUGUUUCUGAAGAUGUUGGGUUUAACAUAGAAAUAAAAUGGAUCUCCCAGCAAAGGGAUGGACAGUGGGAUGGCAACUUGUCAACUUACUUUGAUAUGAACCUUUUUCUAGAUAUUAUUCUAAAAACUGUUUUGCUGAAUGCUGGAAGAAGAAGAAUUGUAUUUUCUUCUUUUCAUGCAGAUGUUUGUACAAUGAUUCGGCAUAAGCAAAACAAGUAUCCUGUGUUAUUUCUCACCCAAGGAGAAUCCAAACUCUAUCCAGAGCUUAUGGACCUUAGAUCUCGCACAACUCCAAUUGCCAUUACUUUUGCACAGUUUGAAAACUUGCUGGGAAUUAAUGUGCAUUCUGAAGAUCUGCUGAGGAAUCCAUCAUUUAUUAAACGGGCCAUAUCUGAGGGCUUAGUUAUUUUUUCAUGGGGCGAUGACGCAAAUGACCCAGACAACAGGAAGAAGUUGAGAGAAUAUGGUGUUCAUGGGCUAAUAUAUGACAGGAUAUAUGACUCAAAUCCUGAGCAACCAAAUAUAUUCCAGGUGGAGCAGCUGGAGCGUCUCAAGAGAGAAUUGCCAGAGUUGAAAAGCUGUGUGUGUCCCACUGUUAGCCACUUCAAAUCCAUAGUUCCAUGUAAAUGUCAUAAUAGCUACCUGGAAGAGAAAGCUGUAGAUAACUUGAAGAGUGUUCAAAUGCAAAAUGACUAAUUUUAGGCAGAAUGCUGUUUUGUAUCUAUCAAUUUUUUGCUAUUGGAACAGUCCUGUCUAUGCUUUCAGGUUGGUUUAUUUUAUUUUUUAAAAUCUCCAAAUAGCAAUAACUGUGUUCCUCCUUCCUAACAGUACUUACUAAAAUUUCAAACAAUGUUAAAAUAUUCAACCAGUUAUAGUUAUUGUUCCAAUUUACGUAUACAGUUUUAACUUUCCCCUAUAAUCAUGGCAAAUCUUGAAAAACAAAAUUAAUGCUAGUGCUUUUAAAAAACAAAUUAAUGAAGCAGUCUCAGUAGUGAAAGUUCAUAAACUUGAAUCUUAGGGAAAUGACAAUGAAUACAAAUUACAAUAUUGAAUAUCCUGAAAAAUAGUUUUGACUUUGAUUUUACUUUUUAGAGGCUGACAAGCUGUAGCAUUUAUCUGACAACAGGAAAUUAAGAGAGUGAUUGUGAGAUACAUAUAAAUAGAUCUGGCCUGUAAAAAGAUCUGAAUGAAUUGGUACCUCAUAUACAUAUAUAUAUAUGUAUUUGCACUGAUAGAUCCACCUGUACAAAGCUUUGUGCAAUUUGAAAAUAUUUAUAUAUUUUUUAGUAAACUGCAAUCUUUUUUUUCCCACUUCAUUGGACAUUUAGGCUGCUGCCUUUGUUGUCUCGUUUGUCAGUUUGUACUGUGCCUGUGUAUAGCAAUUAGGGGUGAACCACAAGUAUGAUUUUAUUUUUUUUUUUUUAAUUUUUUUUUCAUUAAUCGCACACAGGUCUGCAAAACUUUACAAAUGUUGCUAAUAAUUUUAACAGGAUUACAGAAACAUCUUCAGUUGUUGAGAAUCUCUUUUUGCACAGUAACCUUAACGGACAGAAUAUGUACCAUGCACAAACUCUACAGAAUGCAUGCUUUAUCUAUUAAGCAUGAAAUUUAGGUGUUUGCUGAGGCCCUUGCAUCUUUAUGGUGCUAGUUAUGUGUGAAGGAUGCAAGGACCAACUCAACAACUUAAUCUUUUUUGCCUAAAAUAAACCACAAGCCUAUUUAUUCACAAAUAUUUGAAGAAAAGGCUAUACCAUAAGUGGUUUGUCGUAUUUACAUAAUGCAAGCUACUAGCUUUUGUGUUUAGCAAGAUUUCUGGCUUUUACCUUGAAGCAAGAAUCACAAAUGUACUGAAUUCAGAUAAUUGGUAUUCUCUUGACUGGUAUCUAUCCUCUGUAAUUUAUUACAAAGUCAUAGUUUAGAGUUCUUAAUAGAUAAGUAUGCAUGUCCUUUUCCUCCUGACAUUGCAGGUCAUGCCAACACAAUAGCUGUAACUUUCUACUGAAGUGUUAAUGUAUAAUAAGAAUGAAAAAUAUUUAUUUUUUUUCUCUUGUAAAUUGACAAUGAAGACAAUAGUAUGUACUAUAUUCUUUAUAUACGGUCAUCGCUACAUAGAACUGAUUGUACAAAGCCAUUGCAAAUAAGUGCUUGAGCCUGCACUGCUGAGCAGUUUGAAACAGCUUGUUUUGACUUGUGUAUUUGAGUAUUUAAAGCCGGGGGGUUUUUUUUGUCAUGCACAAACAACACAGUAAUGAUUAGGUAUCUGGAAACCGCCUUUUAAUAAAAAACAAAGAAAACCCCACAACCCUAAAC